CCCACCUGUACCCAGCAGUGCCACCCAUCAGUGCUGCCCAGCAGUGCCACGCAUCAGUGCCCAGCAGUGCUGCCAUCAGUGCCACCAAUCAGUGCUGCCUAUCAGUGCAGCAUCAUCAGUGCCAGCUCAUCAGUGCUGCUUAUCAAUGUCGCCUAUCAGUGCCCAUCAGUGAUGCCUAUCAAUGCUGCCUAUCCAUGCCACCUCAUCAGUGCCCAUCAGUGCUGCCUAUCAGUGCCCAUCAGUGCAGCCUCAUCAACGCACAUCAAU